UUGGAUGCUGAAGCUAGUGUUACUCUAAAAGAACUUCAGGUGAAACUUAGUAGUGUAUUGGAUGAACUCAGCGUAACAUAUGCUACAAGUUUUCAAUUUAUUAUUGAAGAUUGUGUAAGACAAAUGAGCAAUGAGCUGAAUCAAAUGAGAGGAAAUGGGAAUGCAGCAGCCAAUAAGAACAGUGCAGCCAUUGAUGCCGAGACUGUGCUUCGGCCUCUCAUGGAUUUCCUGGACAAAACUUUAAGUGUGUCUGCGAAAAUCUGUGAGAAGACAGUUCUGAAACGGGUUUUAAAAGAGCUAUGGAAGUUAGUCUUGAACAAAAUAGAAAAACAAAUUGUGCUUCCACCACUGAUGGACCAAACCGGGCCCCAGAUGAUAUUCAGUGCAGCCAAAGAUCUUGGACAACUGUCAAAACUCAAGGACCAUGUGAUUCGAGAGGAAGCCAGAAGCCUGACCCUGAGGCAGUGUGCAGUAAUGGAAGUAGCACUAGCUACUAUAAAGCAAUACUUCCAUGCUGGAGGAAGUGGGCUGAAAAAGAAUUUCCUGGAAAAGAGCCCAGACCUACAGUCCCUGAGAUAUGCUCUUAGCCUUUACACACAAACAACUGACGCCUUGAUAAAGAAGUUUAUAGACACUCAAAUAUCUCAAAGUCAAACCACUAAUAAUUCAGUGGGUGAGAUAUCUGUACAGGUGGAUGUCUCUACGCAUCCUGGAACUGGUGAACAUAAAGUCACUGUAAAAGUUGUAGCAAUUAAUAAUCUAAACUGGCAAACAACAGCUAUGUUCCGGCCAUUUGUGGAAGUUUGCAUAUUAGGGCCUAACCUAAGUGACAAGAAAAGGAAACACGGAACCAAGACAAAGAGCAAUACCUGGUCACCAAAGUACAAUGAAACUUUCCAAUUCAUUUUGAGUAAUGAAGAUAAGCCAGGAGCCUAUGAACUUCACCUCUCAGUGAAAGAUUACUGCUUUGCUAGGGAAGAUCGCAUUAUAGGAAUGACAGUUAUUCAGCUGCAAAACAUAGCAGAGAAAGGUAGCUGUGCAUCUUGGUACCCCUUGUUGAGAAACAUCUCUGUAAAUGAAACUGGGUUAACAAUUCUUAGAAUACUUUCUCAGAGGACCAACGAUGAAGUUGCUAAAGAAUUUGUAAGACUUAAAUCAGAAACAAGAUCUGCUGAAGAAAUGGCCUAA